AUGAACUCACAAUUAGAUGACUCAAAAGAAAGUGUUUAGUCUCAAUCAAUGGAAAGAUAUUUGCAAGCAGAAUCAGUUGGCAAUUCCCUUUCUCCUUAAAGAUAAGUAUAGACAUAGCGGAAUACUCAAGUCGGAGCAUCGAUAUUGAAAUUGUAGAAUGGGAAAUAUAGCAAUUAAUAAAAUGUAUUCAAAGAAGCACUCAAUAAAAAAAUGACAGAAUUGCAUAAGAAAUCGCAAAAACCAAUUGUAGUGGCUCCUAAAUAUGAAAUAGAAAUUAAGUAAAAAUAGCCAAAAAGUAAUACUAUUAUAAAUGUAGAAAUGGAUAAGGUACAGUAAAACAUUAAGAAUGUGUAACUUAAGGCAGAAGAAGUUAAGAAAAAGAGAGAAGAAGAAAAACAAAAAGAAGAGAAAUUGAAAUAGAGUAAAGUAGAACAUGCUUAAGAGGAUCUCGACGAAGGUAAUCUCAUCAUUUUUAUUCUAGUAUUUUAGGAAACAGUAAACAGAUUGUACAAUUAUGAGAAGUAGAGAUUGAAAUAGUUGAAUAAAAUGAUAGAAGAUGAGAAAAACAAAGAUAAAUUAAUCAUGAGUGCAAGACCCAUGAUAAAUGAACGAAGUUGUAAAUUGUUAGAAAGAAAACUAAAGUAACUUGUAAAUGAGGAGGAGGAUUACAAAAUGAUAUAUUAAUUUAAAGAUGCAGAUGUUUAAGUUGACCUAUUGCCCGGUUUGCCAAAACUGAAGGACCAUUUAUCAAUAAAGUACAAUCAAAUAAUAAGAAAUAGUGCUAAGAAGACAGUCAAUUUGGGAUAGGAAAUUCAAAUCAUCAAGGAAGAGAAUAUAAUGGAACCCAUCGAUCCAGCUGAGGAUGUCCAAUAUAAAGAGGGUUCAUCUCAUGCAAUUGUAUAAACCAAUGAAAUUAAAUAUAAAAUUGGAGAUACAAUUAAAAAUUAACAAUAGCAAUAGCAGCCCUAAUAAUAAUAAUAAACAAUCUAAUUUGCAACCCAGGAUACUCCUAAUAAAAAAGUGCAAAAUUAAAGACAAAAACGUUUGGACUUUAUGGAAGUCUAAGGACAGCGAGUUAAAACUGAAUGUUAAUAUUAUGUGCCAUUACAUAUUCGUUAAUAAAAAAUCAUUUAAAAAAAAGAGGAGUGGAUGAAGUCUUAGAUUGAACUCAAGAAGUAAAAGGAAGAGGAAUCCAUUAGAGCUGAAUAGGAACAAUGGGAGAAGGAGAAGUUGAAGUGGUCUAAAAGGAAAGAUCCAAAUAAAUCUAUGUAAUAGGAAAUUAAUGUUGAAGAGUUUGCAAAUUCUUAACUACAUUGGUUAGAAAAAAGAAAUGAACACAUUUUAACAGAGUAGAUAAAAAAGGAUAAGGACAUGCUAUCAUCAUUAACCUUUAGACCGCAAAUACAAAAAAGAAAUAUCGAAAAUUAUAAUACUACCAAAGUUGAAGAUAGAUUACUUGAUUAUCAAUAGAAAAAACAAGAAAACUUACAAAAACUAGAGAAUAAAUACUUACCUACUUUUCAACCGAACCUUAACUUAAAAACUGUAUACUCUACAUAAUAUCUAGGUUCUUAAUAUGGAUUGGGCAUCAAAAAGCUUCAAUAAUACUUCUUCGAAUAAACUAUGGCAAUGAACUGUAAUUAUUUUUAUUUCAUUUAACUUCGAAC